AUGCGUCCUAUCGAGUUGUGCACAAUCCUCGGUGCCGUGCCGGCAAUCGCACAAGGCACGACAUGUGCCACCAAAGGAAAGCCUGCGGGCAAAGUUCUCCAGGGAUAUUGGGAAAACUGGGACGGGUCAACAAACGGUGUUCACCCUCCGUUUGGUUGGACGCCUAUUCAAAACCCUCUUAUCAAACAGCACGGUUAUAACGUCAUCAAUGCGGCUUUCCCGGUCAUCCUCUCAGAUGGGACGGCGCUGUGGCAAGACGGCAUGGACACUGGUGUCAAAGUAGCGACGCCGGCAGAGAUGUGCCAGGCCAAGGCUGCCGGCGCCACCAUUCUCAUGUCUAUCGGAGGUGCUACCGCCGGCAUAGAUCUCAGCUCAAGCACAGUUGCAGACAGAUUCGUCUCGACCAUUGUCCCGAUUCUAAAAAAGUACAACUUUGAUGGUGUGGAUAUCGAUAUCGAGACGGGCUUGACCGGCAGCGGCAAUAUCAACACACUGUCCACGUCCCAGGCCAAUUUGAUCCGCAUCAUUGACGGAAUCCUUGCGCAGAUGCCAGCAAACUUUGGCUUGACCAUGGCACCAGAGACUGCGUAUGUCACUGGUGGCAGUGUGGUUUACGGAUCCAUCUGGGGUGCGUAUUUGCCCAUCAUCAAGAAGUACGUCGACAACGGUCGGCUGUGGUGGCUGAACAUGCAAUACUACAACGGCAACAUGUACGGCUGCGCAGGGGACUCUUACUCGGCUGGAACUGUCCAAGGCUUCGUAGCACAAACAGACUGCUUGAACAAGGGACUGGUUAUUCAAGGCACCACAAUCCGACUUCCGUACAGCAUGCAGGUCCCUGGGCUGCCGGCGCAGUCUGGAGCUGGUGGCGGUUACAUGUCCCCGAGUUUAGUUGGCCAAGCCUGGGAUCACUAUAACGGCGCUCUCAAGGGACUGAUGACAUGGUCGAUCAACUGGGAUGGUUCAAAGGGCUGGACGUUUGGUGAUAACUUGAAAGGGCGGCUGUAA